AUGCCUCCGAGACGUCGCCGCCAGAAGCCGUCACCAUCACCAUCACCAUCACCAGCUCCACCCAUUGAAAUUUAUGAAGAAGAAGAACCGGUGUUCCUAGUGACGUCAGAUUCAUCGGACUCUGAAGAUGGUCCGGGACCUUCUAAUAGGAACGCCACGACAUCCAAACGCCAUAAGAACAAAAAGGCAUCUGUUGAAACUCGGGUUGAAGCUUUUGAAGAGGACGAUGAUGUGAACACGGAAGAUGACGAAGAGGAUUUGUUGAAUAUUACGGUUCCGCCGCGUCCAAUUGACAUGAUGAACCAGCCCGGCAACUAUCGCUUGAUGGUUUUGAAGAUAAUCGUCGAGAACUUCAAAAGUUAUCGUGGUCGCCAUACAAUUGGACCAUUUCAUAAGAACCUCACGAUGAUCUUGGGGCCGAAUGGAAGUGGAAAAUCGAACGUGAUUGAUUCUCUUCUCUUCGUGUUCGGAUUCCGAAGCAGUAAAAUUCGCUCGAAGAAGCUGUCAUCGCUGAUUCAUACGGCCGCGGCAUUGGGAGACAAACAGUGCACGUUUUGUCGCGUCGAAAUCGUCUUUCAAAUGAUUAAAGAUACCGAUGAUAAGUAUUAUGUGAAGCCGAACUCGCGAUUCUCAAUUGCGCGCACCGCGUAUUCCGACAGCACCUCGAAAUAUGCGAUUAACGGGCAGCCGGCAUCGCCGAAAGAAGUCGAAGAGCUUUUAUUGAAGUCGGGAAUCGAUUUGGUUCAUAAUCGCUUCCUUAUUCUACAGGGGGAGGUUGAAGCAAUUGCAAUGAUGAAGCCUAAGGCAUCUGGUCCCAACGAAGAAGGAAUGUUAGAGUAUAUUGAGGACAUUGUUGGAUCAAAUCGCUUUGUGCCGUAUAUCAGAAAAUUGGAAAAUCGUGUGAACGAGUUGGAGGUGAAAUGCUGUCAGCAGAGUAUGAAGGUUCGGCAUGUCGACAAGCUGAAGAAGGAAUUGGAUCCGGCUGUGAGGCAUGCUCGGAGAUAUGUGAACACUCAGAAUGAAGUGGCUUUGAUUAAGAACAAACUCAUUCAGUGUGAAAGAUAUCGUCUGAACAACGAGAAAGUUCCUCUUGAGAAUGAGAUCAAAGAGAAAGAGUUGGAGCUUGUUGACCUGGAGAAGCGUAAAAAGGAGCUUCAAACUGAAAUCAAAGAGAUUGAAGCGACAGAAGCUGAAAAUUCUGCCGAGCAGGACAAGAUUGCUGAUGAGAUUGAGAGUUAUAUGACACAGAUUCGAGAGGCGGAGACGGCCGAGACGCGUCGAAAAGCGAAUUUGAAAAAGAGCAACAAUGAGCUUGUGAGAUUGCACAAAGAGCUUGACACGGAGAAGAAGAAUCGCGCUGAAAUUGAAAAGAUUCCCGAGAAUGCCGAAAAGCGCAUUCAAAUUCUCACGGAAGAAUCGAAAGAGCUCCUCGAGCAAGAGGAACGCGAUCUUAAGACGGCGACUGACAAUCUGGGAAAGUUUGAGCGAAAAGCUCAGGAGGAGCGGCAGAGAAAGGAAGCGUUUGAAGAGGAAUAUUCGAGAAAGAACGCGGUUCUCAAUGAAGCCAAAAUGAAGGUGACGGUGGCCGAAGGAGCACUCAAGGAUUUGCAAGAGCUCGCGAUUCGCGAUCAGAAGCGACUCGAGGAGCUCGUGAGCACCUUGACCGAUAGCGAGACGAAAUAUGAGCAGGCUGUUGAGGAACUUGAGAAGCUUCAAAGAAUGCUGCCUCCGGAGCGCGAGACGUUGAAGAGUGUGCAAGCGGAGCUUCCAUUUGUUCGACAGAAUGAGAAGGAAUUGGCUGUGAAGGCUAAUGAGCUUCGGUAUCGCUAUGAGACUGAGACGGCUGGAUACCAGACGCUUCUCAAAGGCUCCAAGGUGCACAACGCUUUAUUGAACGCCAAAGCGACAGGACGACUUCCAGGAUUGUUGGGAAGAUUGGGUGAUCUUGGAGCGAUUGAUGCAAUCUAUGACGCGGCGAUCUCAACAACUUGUCCGCAGCUUGAUUGGUACGUUGUUGAGACGGCCGAUGAUGGACAGAAAGCUAUUGAUUAUUUGAUUGAGCUCUCACUUCCUCGCUGCUCAUUCAUGUGCCUUGAUCAGACAUUGAAUCCGACGAAUGCGAUGAAUAGGGAUAAGAGCUGCUUCCCGGCGCCGCGUUUAUUCGAUUUAUUGAAGAUUAGCGAGUCGAGAAUCCGCAAGAUUUUCUAUCAGUGCAUUGGCGAUUUGAUUGUGGUGCCGACGCUUUUGGACGCGCAAAGGAUUGAUCGUGAUUAUGCAGGAAAAUUCCGAAUAGUCACUCAUGAUGGCAACACGAUUGAACGAACUGGUGCGAUAUCUGGAGGUGGACGCCCGAUUACAGGCCGCAUUGGUCGCGACAUCCGACUGCCCCCGACGGAGGAGAUGCAGGCCGAGUUCCGAAAGACGCGCGCCGAUCUCGAGCAAACGCAGCAGGAGCACAGCGAGGUUCACGCUCAUAUGCAGGAGCUUGAAAUUAAGAAUAUGCAAUUGACCGAGAAAGUUUAUGAGAUGAGCGAGAAGAUUGAGCACUUGAAUGUUUCGAUUCCACGAUUGAAGGAAUCGAUAGAGUCGCUCAAAAAAGCCAUAAAAACUCAGGAGAAAGAAGCUGCGGUGGAGAAAGUUGAUGCGAAGCUCAUUCAGAAGAAGGAGGAGGAAAUUGAGCAGCUGAUUAAAGAUCGCAGCAUUGCCGAGCAUUUGGCUUCGGAGGUGAAGAAGAAGGUUGACAAAAGUUCUGAGAAGAUUGAUUCGAUGUUUAAUGAGCUGGUGCAGAAAUUCAAAGAUCGUGCCAAGACCUCACGCGAGAGGCAUUUGGAAGUCGAGCAGGAAAUUGCCAAAGAGCGCGCUUCCAUCAUUAACUCGCAUCAUAAUUUAGCUACGUGCAUUAAAAACAUUGACAACAUCAAUGAGCAGAUAAUGAAUAAGCGAGUUGAAUGUGACGCUCUUGCAUUGGCUGAAGCGGAUGGAAAAGAAGUAUUUGGUCUUCAAGACUUGGUUCGGAAUCGAAGAAGGAAAGUUGCGCUUUUGCGACAGACCGCUGCCGAACUUCGUCAGAAGCGAAAUGAGCUCGAUUGUGAGGAGCGUGAGCAAAAUAAGAAAGUGCUCGACAUGCGCGACAAAGUCACCACACUUAAUCAGAUGCUUGAUGAGAUUGAGCUUCAUAUGGAGAAUAUUGAUAGGCAAUUAGCGUUGCUCAAAUUGACCCGGGUGCCGAAUCUUCGCAAGUUUGACAAUAUCGAGGUUCGAAGCGAUAUUGGAUGGAUGAAUUAUGAUCAUGAUGAUGAGGAUAAGUCGAGCGAUAGUGAUGAUUCUGAUGCUGACGGUGAUGAUGAUGAGGAAGAGGGCGGCGAGCUGGAAAUUCCGACGCUUUCCAAUGAAGAGAUUGAGAAUAUUGGGCGAUCUGAGCGUGACAAAAUGCGGAAUCAGUUGAAGCAGUAUGAACGAUACUUGGAAAAUAAUCGCCACAAUACUGAUGAGAGCAUAUUUCGAGAGUAUAUUCUAAGGGGCAAAAAAUAUAUUGCCGAAGUUGGAAAAUUGAAGAAGCUCGGCGAUCGCCUCCUCGCUCAUAAGAAGGUGCUGAUUGAGCUGCGAAUGCGACGAUUGGAGGAGUUCUCUGAGGCGUUGCUGUUUCUUGGCGCCACCACCCAGAUGUUGUAUCAGUUGAUAACGAAUGGUGGUGACGCGAGUUUGACGUUCGUCGAAGAAGGCAAAAGUCCGGAUCCGUUUGAGUCGGGUGUCAAGUUCUGUGUUCGUCCGGCUAAGAAGAGCUGGAAGUUGAUCGAGAACUUGUCCGGCGGCGAAAAGACACUUGCCUCGUUGUGCUUUGUGUUCGCCAUGCACCAAUACCGCUCGACGCCGCUUUACGUGAUGGACGAGAUCGAUGCGGCGCUUGAUACGCACAACGUUAGCCUGAUAGCGAAUUACAUCAAGAACUCGGAACGCACAAAGAAUGCUCAAUUCAUAAUCAUAUCGCUUCGGAAUCAGAUGUUCGAGGUUGCGCAGAGAUUGAUUGGAAUUUAUAAGGUUAAUGAUUGCACUCAUCAUGUCGUUUUGGCGCCUUAUGAGGCGAAGCAGAAAGCGAAACUGGUUGAGGAUGUUUUGAAGAAGAAGAUGAUCGAGAAUGAGAGUGGAGAUAGGGAUGAGCCGACGACGAGCGAUCAGGUUGCUGAUUCGCUAGCGGCGAAUAUGCAGGCUGUCCAUAUUUCCAAAGACCGACGCCUACCGAUGUUCGGCAAAUUCAAAUUGGCUUUUGGAUUAAAUGUGCCGAAAGUUAUGCCGGCCAAGGAGGGUCUCAGUCAGGAAGUUGAGGAUGAGCCGUCGACUAGUAACAUCAGCAUGUAUAACUUUGAUGUAUUCUGA